GGUCUGGCAGAGAAGCCACGACUCGUGGGGCGCCCCGAGUGGGCGGGGUGCGGGGCGGCGCUUCUGCAGGACUGGGCGGCGACUGCAGGGACGCCAGGAGGGAUGCAGACGAGGAGCCCCCAGAUGGGUCUGCGCCCCCGGUGGGGCUCGUCCCCGUCCUCGACGCUCAGCCCGCCUUCCUGCUGGAGCCGCAUCCAGGAUUCGGCCUUUAACAUGCCGAGGCCGCUGCGGCUUUGCUCACUGUCCCGCUCGGCCGCCGCCGCUGCCCCUGGCCCGGCGCUGACUCAGCGGCUGCGGGGCCACCCGCACCCGGGCCGGGUGGGGACCCCGCCAGGGCCGUGCCCGUCCAGCCGGUGCAGGAAAGUGUCGGGCAGCGAUCCGGCCCCCCGGGUCGACCCACCAAGCCGGCCGCUGGGGCCAGGAAGGUUCUGGAAGGGAAGAUUGGUUAGGAAAGACAUACAGGGGCUGCCUCUGUUGCUUUAGAUCCUCAAACGGGUUCCUGGGGGGGCUCCUGCAGGUGGAAGAUGGUCACAGCCAGCUCUGAGCACCCCCGCCAUGGACACGCCCACCCCCGAACCCCCAUACCUGGACGUAGACAAGGGACUGACAGUGGCCUGCUUCGUCUUCCUCUGCUUCUUCCUGCUGCUAAUGAUCGUCCGCUGCGCAAAGGUCAUCAUGGACCCCUACAGCGCCAUACCCACCUCCACCUGGGAGGAGCAACACCUGGACGACUGAACCCCCGAGCUAGGCAGGGAAGAGAGGUGGCCGCAGAACAUGGACAAGGGGUCUGACUCAGAACUGACUGCACUCACCACAGCACCGCAGUUCACUCACUGGGAAAGACACAAGUCAGAACUGGAGACCCCUGAACUCCCGGGAGCCCCGUUUUCCCAGCCCAGUCUGGGGGGAUUGACUAUCUCCCUAUAGUCAAUUCUGUGCAAUUGGAAAUUUGGGGACAUGCAAAGAGAAGGGGAGCUGCCCCGUUAACCCCUCCA